AUGGUAAAACUCACUGACGAUGCCGAUUACGAUGCCGGCGAAACGUCUGGGAAUGUACCACGUUCAGGGUCCAACUUUGGACUCCGGGCAACCUAUCCAGCCUUCAUCAGAGUGAACAGAAUUUGCGAGUAUAUGAGUAGUAUGGACGCCAAUACUUGCCAAGGUUAUGCCAUAAACUGCCUUGGCACAGUCGUCUUCAUUUUGAGCAAUCCGGUUUCCCUUCUUCACCAAAGUGUUUCUAUCUGUAGAGGUCGCCCCAAACACAUCGUCCUAAAGGUGACGACGGCAACGCCGAUGGCGUUACCUCCAAUCGAGUACCAUUCUUGCCUGAAACCGCUCAUCGUCGCCAGUGAAGCAAGCUCCAUUCCGAAGCAAUUUCAGCCCUAA